CUUUCUCCUCCGUUUCCUCGAAAGACCGCCCGCUAGCUCGGGCGCUCGAUCCGUCGCUAGGGUUUCCACCACCGCCGGCGAUGGGCGCCCUCACCGACAGCAGGAAGCGCCUCUCCGCCGACCAGCGCCUCUCAGCCGACCACCGCUUCCCCAUCCCCUCCUUCCCCCCGCGGUCCCCUCCCCCGCCCUCCAAGAGGCCCAAGCUCGCGCCCUUCCUCUCCUCUCUCGAUGCUUCCACCUCCGCCACCCCGCCGCCCAACCCCUCUCCCCAAAUCAUCCACGCCGCCGCCGCAGCAUCCACCUCCAACACGACGGGGCCUUCCUCCUCCUCUACCCCCGACUCCAACCCCUUCCCGAACCGGCGCCGCCUCCCGCCGCCGCCGCCAUUCCAGCGCCCGAUCCACGGGCCCCAGCGCGUCCUCCGCGCCUUCCGCUUCGGGGGCCCCGCGCGGCCCCACUCCGCCGGCCCCGGGCGGCUCUCCCCAUCCUCACCCACGCCGCCCCCUCCCCGGACGCUCGGACUCGAGCAGUACGUCGAGCUCGUCAACACCGUCUCCCGCCCAGCGCCGCCCACUCCCACCGCCACCACCGAUGCAGCGAGGGAGAAGGAGGCGGUGCCCCUUGAAGUGGUCGCCAUCGAGGAGGACGGAGAUGAGAGGAAGCAGCAGGACGAGCAGGAGGUGGUGAGUGGGAGCGUGGAGGUGAGGAGGGUGCCGCUGUACAAGGAGCUUUACGAGGAGUCCAGCCGGAAGCGGGAUGCCAAGCUCAAGACGCUCGAGUUCGAGGUGCGGCUUGCCGAGGAGGGCCGCCUUGGCCUUGAGCGUCUCGCAGAUUUCCUCCCGCGGAUUACUCCAAAGAAGGAGGAGGUGCCUGAACCUUUUGUUCCUCUUACGGAUGAGGAUGAAGAAAUCGUUCGUGCGGCUCUUCAUGGCAGGAACAGUCGUGAGAAAUUAGCAGUACAUGAACCGUCAAAUAUUGUGAUAACAAGGGAGAUCUUGCAGUGCUUGAAUAACCAAGAAUGGCUAAAUGAUGAGGUUAUCAAUUUGUAUCUUGAUCUACUUAAAGAGAGGGAACUAAGACAACCUAGCAAGUUCUUAAAAUGCCAUUUCUUCAACACCUUUUUCUACAAGAAGCUGAUUUCUGGUGGAUACGAUUAUAAAGCGGUUAGAAGAUGGACAACAAAAAGGAAGUUAGGGUAUAGUCUAAUUGAGUGUGACAAGAUAUUUGUUCCCAUACACAAGGAAGUCCAUUGGUGUUUAGCAGUCAUCAACAUAAAGGACAAAAAGUUUCAAUAUCUGGAUUCACUUGGCAGCAUGGACAUGAAAGUUUUGAGAAUCUUGGCCAGGUAUUUCGUGGAUGAGGUGAAAGAUAAAGGUGGCCAACAGAUCGAUGCACUUUCAUGGAAACAGGAAGGUGUCAAAAACCUUCCUUUGCAGGAGAAUGGAUGGGAUUGUGGCAUGUUCAUGCUCAAAUACAUAGACUUCUACAGCAGAGAUAUGGACCUUAUUUUUGGACAGAAGCACAUGCGGUACUUCCGCAGGAGGACAGCAAAGGAAAUACUGAAUUUGAGGGCUGAAUAAACUACGGAGGACAUCAUAGGUCAUUAAGGCCCGGUUCAGAUGUUUAGUGUUGGUUGGAUCAUGUAUUUUACAAAUGGCUGCAGCAUCGCAAGGGAUUCGAAAGUUGUCCGAUUUCUCAAUGGCGCCAUGUAAUUACAAGCAACAAGGUGAAGGGGCUGGUGACUACGGCUUCAGAUUGAUUUUUGCAUGAGCACAAUGGCGACCGCAAGGUUUUGCUAAGGUGAGCCAUUGGGGGGCAUAAAAUGGGUGGAGGGAGGUUUUUUGGCUGGGUUUAGAUUGUGAUGAGCUGAGAGACUGAGCAGUGUAUGGUUGAAUUAUAUAUGAGUGGACUUGAGCAGUGUGCUACAUUUGUGUACGCAUUUUAGCGUCCUGUUAGCUCCGACGUGGGCAUCAAGAUGUGACCAAGUGAGCAAUCCACAGGCUUAGGGCUGUAUGGCUUCGCAGCAUCAAGUUUUGUGUAAUGAUCUCAAUCCUUUUCUUUCAUUUUUUAUUAGUACUUUAGUGGUACCCUUUUCCACGAGGAUGUAUCUGCGUA